AAUGAGGUAGAUCCUUCCAAGUUCGCAUUUCACCCUCGCUCACCCUCGUCAGUUGCCAGUAGUGGUCGUGUACGGUCCAGAUUGGUUCGAUCAGCAUUACGAGAUCAUCGCGUUGUUGUAGAGACUGUGAGAACGUAUGAAAUGAUUAGCGAGUUUAAAAUGAAUAUCGUGAUUUGGCUGCAACAACAUGGUUUGGCACACAAAUCUGAAUUACUGACCGCUAUACCUGAUAUUACCCUGAAUAAGGUGAGUAAAAUUAAUACAAAUUCAAAGUAAAAUUGAAAAUCAAACAAAGUCAGCUUCAAUUUCAAACUAAAUCUCAAGUUCAAAUUCAAUUUGGAAAUUUAAUUAUAAAUUCAGUUUCAGAUUCAAUUUCAAAUUCAAUUUCAGUGUCAACUGUCAAAUUCAGUUUCAAUUUCAAACACACUGUCAAACAGGUGGUUAACCACUGGUGGUUAACAGUGGUUAACCACUGGUGGUUCAAUGUGCAUUUGACCACUAUCGACCGCUCUGUAUAAGACAUACAAAAACCUACGAAUUAAAUUGUCAAUAUUCAUUGCUUUCUUUCACAGGAAGAUGAGUUAGAUGUCCUGAGUAAAAUGUCUGCAAUACGUGAUACAACUCAACAGGUAUUUAAACUAACUUCAUUUAUACCGGAUUACUGUAUCAGUUCUAUAAACUGUUCUCUCUAAAGGCGGAGUAUAAGGGUCAUAUCUUGUUUGUCCAGAAGAAGACCUUGGAUCGAUCUAUCUUAUCUAAAUUGUUUAACUGUUCUCCCUAGAUGUCUAUAGUGAGGGCCAUCUCUUAUUUGUCCAGAAGAAGACCUAUAAACUAAACUAAAAUGUUUUGAAACAGGAUAGCUCUAUCUAAAUUGUUUUGAUUUCUAACAGAAGUCCAAUAGACCCAUUGCACUGACGUCACAAAUCCUUAGAGUGUCCUCCAGAUGCUCCCUAACAAUAUCUGUUCCGGUGCAACAACCACAUACAGCGCAAAAUUUAACCAUUUUAAUUUUUUUAAAAUUAAAUCAAAAUUAUUAUAAACUUUUACAAAAUUUGCUUUGUUUACAAAAGUUAUAUUAUGCAUAGAUUACUAAUUUGUCCUCCAGAUGCAUCGUCAUGUACAAUGGGUCUAUACGGGGCAAUUCUUUUUUAUUCAGUGUCACUACAAGAAAUAAUUGAGUAGGUAUGGAAAGAAUGUCGCAUGCGAUAGAGUCCAACUGGAAGGAUUCUUCUCACAUGCGAGUGAUGCGACUGACUUGAAGUUAUAAGCAGACACAUGCAUAUUGCAUGAAUGGGAACCCUGCACCUACAUAGAUGAAAGACACAUGUAUUCACCACUGGGCCAUCCUAAGGCACUUCAACAAUAUGUUUUAUUCGUUUUCUAGAUACUUGAUGCAUUGUGGCAAGUAACAAAAGAUGACUACUCCUGGUCACAGCAUGACCUUGUGGAUGGCAAAGAAGAGCAAGAAGAGAACUCGAAGGAUAAUAAUAUACGUCCAGAUGAUAUUGGGAUAGAAAUGGAUACUAAAAAGGAUGAUGGAUUGUCAUCUUCACCGGUUGCUAGGCAACAUGGCGAUAACGAUGACGAAGAAGUAAAUGUCCAAUCACAGGAGCACAACUUGCAAGGUAAGAUCUUUGGAAUAUAUCACUGGAAAUUUUUUUCAAAAUCUUCACUAUGGAAAUAGCAUGGAACUUCGUUGAAAAUAUUAUGGAAAUCCAAUUUUCAUACGAAUUGCAAUUUCCAUAUACUAUGGAUAUAGUAUGGAAAUAGCAUGGAUAUACUACGGAUUUAGUGAUGUAAUCGCAAAUUCCAUAGUAUAAAUUUCACUAUUUUCCCCCAGUGUAUCGGAAAGUAGUAGUUCACGAAUAUUGUUUUGAACAAGUUGUGGAUUUGGUAAAGAAUAACGUCUUUGCCUGAAUUAAGUAUGAUUGAUCAUGUACAGUACAUGGCAAGUGAUCAGCAGGACGAACCAAUGUAAAUAUUGAAAAGCUGGCCGACCAUUAUUAGCCAAUGUUCGAGCAACUGCACACUUGAGCGGACAUUCGUCAGACCCAAGCGAAAUUGUUUUAAUCCACAUUGACUGUAUAGCUGAUGUUUUGCCGUUACGUUACGCGGCAGAAGUGUCAAAUAUGUUUUCUGCUGAAUUUAGACUAUCAUUUUAAACCAUACUGUACAUAUCUUAACUUUGCGAUCCGUGUCCGCGCGCGCUCCAUACUCGCUAAAAACUUUAUUUAAGUCUAUUUGGAAAGUCUAUAAACCCAGCGAAAAUCUGGCUCUGAUUGGUUGUUUGGUAAUUGUUCGUACUAUGCAGUUUAAUAUAAAGUUUAUUUAUCUUUGUGUAUCAUGUUUAAACGUAUCAAUGUUAUACACACAGCAUAAUUUUAAUAAACUAUCAAGUUAUUUCCUUCGCUUCUCGUAUGAAAUCAAUAGACUAUUCUGAUGUUAAUAUGCCAAUAACAAAACUGUAGAAUAACAACAGUGUAACAUUACCAUGUAAGGUCAGAGUAGUUCCAACUAAAUUUAUCAAUCUGAUUGGCUGGCUGAAAUUUUACAGCGAAUCAGAGAGCUUUAUUUUAUGCCGGGCGCCGUCAUCCCGCAUAGUUUUCACAAAAUUGAGUUACGAAUUUGAUGAAUUUUCGCAAAAUUAACUCGUUUUAAUGUGAUGAGAGAACAAAAAAAACACAUUGUAGAAGUGUUAAAGUUGUGUCUUACCAUAGUACGUGAGUUAGCUUUUUUAAAUGAAUUUCGAUAUGUUUAUGUACGAGUUUUUUUUUUGUCAUUUAGUUUUUGUAUACAGUUUUGAAUUUGUAUUUUCUUGCCAACCUUGGGGAUAUAUUAUACAUAAUGAUGCAACGCUAUUCAUUGUAUACUCGCGUGUGUUAUUCGCUAUAUGCCUAUACACGUGACCAGCCUCCACCAGGGCCUCUGCUGGAGCGUGUUUGGGAGGGAAGCGGAAGUAGAGAAGCCUAGCUUGCGAGGUUGAUGUAUUAAUACAUUUUCUUAUUAAUUAUAAGUUCUUUGUAGGAUUGCAUGGCGAUAAAACAUAUAAUAAUUUUUUGUUUGUGGAAAAACCACGUAAAUUUUUUACUGCAACCUUUGUCCCAUUUUAUACGAUGGUCGUAAGUCCAAGUAUGUUUAGCCACAGCAGAUUUAUGCAUUUAUCUAGCUCGGCUUUCUCGCAAUUUGUAUUAUGGUCCUUUUAAGGAACGUAAGUCUUAGAAGACGUAUUGAGACGUAUAGUCUUAAAAGACGUAUUGAGAGAUUUUGACCAGUUUCGCCAAUGUAAACCAGACCGCAUUCACAAGGAAUGCGGUACACACCAGGUUUCUGAGAUUCGCAUUCACGAUGUCCCUAUGUGUGCAAAGAGCUCGAAACAAUUUUUUUCACUGGAAUCGUAUACCUUUAUACCUGCUUCUUUCUUCAAAAUUCUCGCGAUUUUAUGUGAAGCCUGACCAAUGUAUGGUAGACAAACAUGCAGAGGACUGAUAUUCAAUCUUCUGCUGCAUACUUUGUGGUGUUUUCAUAGCAUUAUCCUUGAAAUGCCGGGGAUAACCAUUCAUUUUUAGAACAUUUCUUAAAUGUUUCAGCAACACGGAAUUCAUUAUUAAGAAAGGACGCAAAAGAAUCUAUUAUCUUAAAGUUCUAAAGAAAUACGGCGCACUAGCACAUGCAUGAUACAAUUUUAUUGCAGUGCAUGUGAUUAGAUCGUCAUUAGAGUAUGGCGAUGUAUUGUGGCACCGGUAGUCUAGCCAAUGCGCAAAGUGUGGACUUAGAAAGGAUACAAAAAAGAGCACUUAGGAUAAUUUGCCCUAAGAUGGACUAUACCUAAUGAAUCUCUGGCACACUUUCCGGAUGUCUAUACUUUUAAAAGAAAGACGUGAAAAGAAAGGACAUAGACUUUAUUAUCUCCUUCCAGCAAAGGUUGGAGAACUAAGACAGAAAGUUACUAGAUCUAAUGAUGACAAAAUACUAUAA